UGAAGAUGAUAAUGAAAGCAUUAAGGAUAUUCAACAAGCUUAUGAUCAAUUAGUUGAAGAAUUCCUCAAGGAGAAUAAGAGAGUGCAUGCAUUGAGCGUGAGGCUCAAAAUGAGUGAAGAUGAAAAGCAAGCACUCUACAUAGACUUAGUUAAGUCAAAAGAUCAUUAUUAUGGGCUUGAAGAGGACAUUAAGUCUUUAAAGGACAAAGUGAGCUUCCUAGAGAGUGAAUGUCAUGGGCUUGUCGAGUCUAAGAAGAGUCUAGAGUUUAAGUUGAUAAAACUUGAUAGAGGCUUUCAUGAAUCACAAGAGUUUUCUGAAAAAUGUUGUCUAUAG